GCAAAACAUGGCGCGUGAAUGUGGGAAACCCCGGCUUUGCCUCCACCUGAUGGCGGUAUGAGGCAGUCCCUGGAAGCGAUUGCGUGGGAGUUCCCUCCUUCGCCAUGUCGGGGUGGUGCAGCGCGCAGUGAGGAUCUCCUGAACUGAACAGCAUCUCUCGCAUUCUCCUUCCCCCUCCCCUUUUUCUCUCUUUCCAUCCUCCCCCACACGGCAGCCCAGCACAGCACAGCAGCCCAACAUCCACCCUCUCCGGGUAGCAGCAGUUCUUCCUUGCCCAGGCGGUGAUACACGGAGGGACACACCGAGUGAUGCUACUGCACCAACCGCAUCCCGCACCAGCGAAAACACACCACGAAUAAACAGUCACAUCUGCAGGAGGAAUUAAAAGACCCGUCUCUAUACAGCAACUGCUCAUGAAGAUGUCUAACGUUGACAUGGUCUUGAACGCCACCGAGCGGGUGGUCAAAUCCGUGCCCUUCCCCCUGAGCCACCGGCUCACCAUGAAGGAGGUGUUCGACUGCGAGGGGAAGCCACGCGUGGACCUGCUGAAGGCCCACCUCACCAAGGAGGGCCGCGUGGAGGAGGCGGUGGCCCUGCGCAUCAUCAACGAGGGGGCGUCCAUCCUGCGGCAGGAGAAGACCAUGCUGGACAUCGAGGCGCCCGUCACAGUGUGCGGAGACAUUCAUGGACAGUUCUUUGAUCUGAUGAAGCUGUUUGAAGUGGGCGGGUCACCUGCCACCACGCGCUACCUCUUCCUGGGAGACUACGUGGACAGGGGCUACUUCAGUAUCGAGUGUGUUCUGUACCUCUGGUCUCUGAAAAUCCUCUACCCAAAGACACUAUUUCUGCUGCGAGGAAACCACGAAUGUAGACAUUUGACAGAGUAUUUCACUUUCAAACAAGAAUGUAAAAUCAAGUAUUCGGAGCAGGUGUACGACUCCUGUAUGGACGCGUUCGACUGCCUUCCCCUGGCCGCCCUCAUGAACCAGCAGUUCCUGUGCGUUCACGGCGGCCUCUCGCCAGAAAUACACACAUUAGACGACAUAAAAAAGUUGGACAGGUUCAAGGAGCCUCCCGCGUUUGGGCCGAUGUGCGACCUGCUGUGGUCUGACCCUUUGGAGGACUUCGGAAACGAGAAAACCCAGGAAUAUUUCAGCCACAACACAGUCAGAGGCUGCUCCUACUUCUACAGUUAUCCAGCAGUCUGCGAGUUUCUACAGAACAAUAACUUAUUAUCAGUCAUCCGAGCACACGAAGCACAAGACGCAGGCUACCGGAUGUACCGGAAGAGCCAGACCACCGGCUUCCCCUCCCUCAUCACCAUCUUCUCAGCACCAAACUACCUUGAUGUUUACAACAACAAAGCGGCAGUACUCAAGUACGAAAACAACGUCAUGAACAUCAGGCAAUUCAACUGCUCCCCCCACCCCUACUGGCUCCCCAACUUCAUGGACGUCUUUACCUGGUCCCUGCCGUUCGUGGGAGAGAAAGUUACGGAGAUGCUUGUCAACGUGCUCAGCAUCUGCUCUGACGACGAACUCAUGAAUGACGGGGAUGAAAUAUUUGAUGCCAACGCGGCGGCCGCCCGGAAGGAGGUGAUCAGGAAUAAGAUCAGAGCCAUCGGGAAGAUGGCCAAGAUGUUCUCUGUGCUGAGAGAGGAGAGUGAGAACGUCCUGACGCUGAAGGGGCUCACCCCCACAGGCAUGCUGCCCAGCGGGGUUCUCUCAGGGGGCAAACAGACGCUGCAGAGCGCAACCAUCGAAGCCAUCGAAGCAAUCGAGACGGUUGAGGACGGAGAAGCGAUCCGAGGAUUCUCUCCACAGCACAAGAUCAGCAGCUUCGAGGAGGCCAAGGGUCUGGACCGCAUCAAUGAGCGCAUGCCGCCCCGCAGAGACGCUGUCAACAACGUGGGACACUCCAUGGGCAAAAUGAACAUGUCGGAGUCCAACGGCACGGACGAUAACAGCAAUAUACAGUGAUCUCCCAUCCCGCCUCCACCCCAAGCCCCCCCACCCUCACCCUCACCCCCAACCCCAACCCCCACC